CGCUCUGUUUGGUUUUGCUGAUGUGUUUUGUAUUGUUUUUCGGUCCAUCGUUUAAUGGCUAAUUACCUAAAAUAUCCGCACCAUGACUGAGAAAUUCAAUGGUUUUAGCCACGACGAGAUCCUCAAGAUAACGGGCGUGAAGGAGGGCGGCGUGGGCAAGCGGCCUGCGAAUCUGGAAGCAGCUAAGCAGGCGCUCCGGAAUCAACCGGGCAUUCGGCGGAUGCCCGAUAAGAUCUUCCGCCAGGCGGAUCAAAUACGGAAGCAGCAGCAACAGCAACAACCCACCCAAAAACCGGAUGUGACGAAAAAAACCAAAUUGGGAACAGCAACUCCCACGGAGAAGCCGAAACCCACUACCGAAGAUGACGCAGCCCAUGGAUCGCUGAAUCUGGAGCGCGCUCUUUCCGAUUCAUUAAUGGAGGCCCUCUACCAUGGUCAGGCUACCACUAGAGAUAACAAACCCGCUGCCACGUAUGCGGAUGCUGAGGCAACAACCUCCGCCGACGACAGUUCCAUACUGAAGAUCAGCGGCGGCACCAGCUCAAUAGACGAUGCCAGCAUCCUGCCGAGCAGCAAGGAUGAAUCCUCCUCGCGGGAGCGCCUCAACACGGACUCACCCUUCAAGGGCAUCUCGCUGAAGGACUUCGAGCAGCAUCGCCGCAUGAUCGAGGAGCAGAACAAGCAGAAGAAGCAGCUGCUCUACCAGGCCAUCGAGCAGCACACCCAGAAGUCGGCGGCGGAGUCGCGGAAGAUCGAGGAGAUCCGCCACGAGCUGUCCAAGCUGGAGAGCGAUCUUGCCGUGGACGUGGCCCUGCUGAGGAAGCAGAUCGACAAUGCCUGCAUACAUUUUGCCAAUGUAGAAAAACAAUAUGUGAAGAUCGAGGCUCAGUUCCUGCGUGCCAAGAUAGAACUGCACAAUGCCUCCGAGAAGAAGGAGCUGCUCACCGAGCAUCUUUGCACUGUAAUUGCCCACAACGAGGAUCGGAAGGCGCAGAAGCUCACGGAACUGAUGCAGAAGGUCGGCCUAGCGCCCACCGAUGAGCCCCCUGCCACGCCCCCUAAUUAG